AUGCAUUCUGGUAGUACUAGUAAUAGAAAUUAUAAUUAUAAUUAUAAUUAUAAUAAUAAUAAAAGUGAUAAAAGUGAUAAAAGUGAUAAAAGUGAUAAAAGUGAUAAAAGUGAUAAAAGUGAUAAAAGUGAUAGCAUCAACAAAAGUUCAUUUUCACCUUCUGUUUCUCGUCAGUCUCACCUUCGAUUUUCAUCUGCAACUGCUAAAGCUACAGUCUAUGUCGACGUCGACGAGGCCGAUCUCUCAACUGAAAGUAUUCUUUUACCCGCAGAACCUUACGGAUCCACUAACCACCAUUACGAGUAUCCCGUUAACCCGCGUCCUAGAAGUUCACCAGAUCCUUCAGCUCCAUAUAGAACCAUAUCUAGAAGCUCUUCUUCGUCUUCAGGCACCAUCACGCCCCCGCGGUCACGCCCCACCCCACGGCUGUAUUAUGACCCCAACAUUAAUAAUGACGACAACAACAAAAACAAGAAUAUCGUCAUAAAUACAAAAAACUAUAACAACAACAACAACAACAACAACAAUAAUAAUAAUAAUAAUAAUAAUAAUAAUAAUAAUAACGAUCCUAAUAGCAACCAUGAAAGCUCCCCCCAUAUUAGCUCCGGCCUAGAGUUGCCUCUUUCUUCCCAGUAUCAUCAAAACAAUGGUAGUAAUACCGUCUCUAUCAUUACUCCUACCACUACCACUACCACUACCACUAUGGCAUCUGCAGACGCUGAUCUCCGCACUUCUCUCUCUUCAAUCCUUAGACCACGACCAGCACGACUAGUGUCUGCACCUGCUAGUGCCCCUUCAUCAUCAUCUCCUAAACUUCAUUCUCCUACAAAUGCGUCUCGGCCUCCGUCUUCUUCUUCAUCUUUUUCGUCUGGCUCUUACCCAGCUGUGGUUUAUUUUGACCAAACUGUGUCAUCCAUGCAUCACCAACACAACCACAAUUACUACUACGGCAACCACCAUAACCACCAACCUCCACAAGACACACUGUUUCUCGUGUCUGAACGAGAAGUGGACCGCCGAGAACUAGCCCACUUUUACGGAGUGCAUUCGACCGUUUCAAUCACGAGCUCUGCAGAGUCGCUCCUGUCUUCUGGAAGUAGUGACGCCGAUCCAAAUAAUGAUAAUGGUGGAGACUCUAAAAAUGCCUCGGCAGAUAUUUCCUCUUCCUCCUCUGUUGCGCAUACACCACCGCACCAUCGACCGUCCCCGCAAAAUAAUAAUCCCAACAACACUAAGAAGAAGAAAAGGCACCAUGGAAAACAUGAUCGAAUUAAACGGUCGUCUUCUGCAUCUUCCUCAUCUUCAAGACCUUUUGUAGAUUUAACAACUGUAUCUCUAGCGGCAGCAGGUCUGUCGCUGGUGGCGGGACUUUCUUUUAGUGCGGGCUACGCUUUGGGUCGACGUUCAACAGGUCACUUGACUGUUUCAGGGUGA